AUGUCACUGAUGGUGCUGGGUGGUACUCCCUCCCUCCUCCCCUUCAUCCUCCUCCUAUCCACACAUCUGCAUCGGUGUCAUCGGAGCUGGGAGAGGCAGAGAGGAGGAAAGGAGGAAGUGGAGGAAAAAAGAGGAAAGAGGACAAGAAGGUUGAGCAUUCGUGGGCGAGUCAGAGAUUUCCUUGAAAUACCCACUGGCAAGCAUCCUGCAGCCGACAGCAGCAGCAUGGCCGAGGGCUCAGUGUCUACAUCAGCGGUGGAGACGUCCUUCCAAAGGUUUGCCGUUCAUGGCGACACAAAGGCGACGGGGAAGGAGAUGAACGGCAAGAACUUUGCGAAGAUCUGCAAAGACUGUCUAAUCAUCGAUGGCAAGAAUGUAACCACCACAGAUGUUGACAUCGUCUUCACCAAAGUCAAGUCCAAGUCAGCUCGUGUAAUCACAUUUGAGCAGUUCAUCAUGGCCCUGACUGAGUUGGGCCCUAAGCGCUUCACAGGCAAGAGCAAAGAGGAGGCGCUUCAGCUCCUCUAUGCUCUCAUUGUUGGCAAGGAGCCUGCCAAUGCUGGCAUCACUAGACCGGCAAAGGCAGCGGCUGUGGACAGACUGACCGACACGUCCAAGUACACAGGAACACACAAGGAGCGAUUUGAUGACUCGGGAAAAGGGAAGGGAAAGGUCGGACGUGAGGACAUCCCAGACACUAGUGGCUACGUCACAGCUUACAAGGGCAGCGGCUCUUAUGAUGACAAAGUGAAGGAAUCCUAAUUCUGAAGACACAUAACAUUACAGUAAUGGGAUUUUGGGCUUUCUAUAUUUUCAGACAAAAUGACACUUAUUGGCAAGCAAAGAAACUGAAUCCAUGUUUAACUUUGUGCCUUAUUAUGCAAGUAUCUAAAAGAGUAAUGGUCUUAAUACAAAUAUUUAGUACAUUGCUUUUUUUUUUGUAAUGGAUGAUCGUUUAUCUGGUGUCAAGCAAUGAUAACGCCAGCUUUCUGAAUCCACGUGUGAGUUUGUGGAUUGAUUGUUACUUAUUCUAUUUGCACCAUAAAAAACGGAAUACCUAUAACAGGAACUCAAUAAAAUACAUUUUAAAAUUCUUUGAUCUACACAUAAAAUUGUCCUUAUAAAUUUUGUGAAUGCUGAGAGAUUUUGUUGAGUUUAAAUGCCAAAGAAAGGAGUGGUUUAAAGACUAUGACACUGGUUAACCCAUCACAGCAUAUAAUACUAAUCUCCAAUAACAAUACAUAUAUGCCCCCUUGUCAGGAGACUAGGGAAAAGAAUGACCCCGAUAGCGUAAUGCUUAACUGUCAUCAUCGAAAUAAUUGGGUUGAAACAGGUGUUUUGGUUUAGACACAUGUAUGAACUAGAGGUACAUAACGUAAAGAAAAAAAAGUGCAAAAUGUGAGUGUAUAUCCCUCCUCCCUGGACCCUCUUGUCACCUGAAACUGAAGGCAUUGAAAAAUAUCAGAAAACAAAGCUUAGCUUACAGUGCUCAUGUGUUUGUGCCUCCCUGCUUCUUCUUAUAGCCUUGUGUAGCCUGAUAAACAUCAUCUGUUUUGUAUACAGUAGCUAAUAGAGGUGAAUGACAUAAGACAAGAGCCAAUUUACUUUUAUACUGUCAUGUUUAAUCGAUGACUCAGUUGAAUACUGUGUUUGCAAAAGCAUUGCAUACUAUUAAUAUGGAUGUGCAGCAUGUAGAAUUUGGACUGAUGUACUGUAUCGGAUCUAACAAAGGUAAAUGUCGCCAUUGUGGAACUAAAUAACACCAUUGCGGUGCCACUGCUAGAAUUAUUGUAAUUAACACAAAUUCCAAUAAA